AUGACUCAGACCCAAACACAGUCGGAAUUGGAAGCUGUACAGGCCGUAGAAAGAAAGACUCGCCCGGAACCGAACUCGGGCCCUACUGAUGCGUACAUCCCCACUGUCGAUGAAAUGACGCAAGCUAGCGCUGUGAAAAAGAGCCCGCCCGGCACAGUUACGUCUGGGAAGAAACCGUUUAUUGUUAUUUGGAGAAGUGAAACUGGUCACAACUCUAAAUUGGAAGAGCGUAAUUUUUGCCAAACCUUUUGCCCAAUGUUUGACGACGAGUCGAGACCUGUGACGUACACACGCGUUUCCUUGGGGUGGAUUCUCCUCCCUCUCACUAUCCCAGCCUCACCAAUUGUUCCGGCGAGCGAGAUGGAGGACAGACUACACGUCGGUACACUACCCCCAUUCCGUGGUACGGGUCGCAAAAGUCUUACCAUUGGAGUUGGUAUCGAUCGAACUUUUUCAACCGACGUUAGCACCAGAUUCCAAGUCGUGAAGAAGCCGGAUGUGUUGUCGAUGUGUCGCGGAGUUAGAGAUUAUGUCAGAGUGCCUGGCACUUUGGAUGAGACGAGGAUGGAAACGUUAGGAGCGUCGAACAUGCGUAUAAGUAGCAGCGAAAAAUGUUAUGAGUUCAUCGACUUCACACCCCAGUCAUCCAGCCCCGCCUGGCUACAAGUCACCACCGUCAUCGUGAACCUCCGCACAUCUGACAUCACUCUCGUCACCGGCACUACUGGCUCCUACGGGAGCAAAUUACCCACAUGGAGAAUCAAGGAGGCUCGUCACGUAUAUCACCUCUACAAGGCUCCCCUCCAAGUGCGGGAGCAUUGUCAUGUCAGCGGUGGUGACCGCCUCACCUACCUACCUCAGAAGCAUAAGUAUAUGCGCUCAAAAUAUGCGACAAACAGCUUAACCAAAGCUGCAGCCCAAGACCGCGACAUCCGUAGCCAUGCCAUUCUCCUCGGGUACAUCUAUACCGAACCCACCCCGCUACCGCGCGCGAGGCCAUCUUCGACGAGUGCAAGCAAAUGA